AUGAACGGAUACUAUAUGCUGCAGUUCCACGACACACCAACCCGGCAGGAACUAAAGCGACCAAGCUCAAAGCUGUAUACGCUGAAAGAGCUGCGUCAGUGCGCGGGUAGUGAAUUGCCGCUGCACUUGGAUGUAAGCGCGACCAAAACGAAGGAGGGCCACGCCGUCUAUAACAUCAAGACGUCAAGCGUGUCAACGCAGAACCGGUGGCACGCAUCGUAUCGGUACUCAGAGUUUCUGGCAUUCCGCAACCAAGUGGAGGAAGUAUGGACGUGUCACGACAAGAAGUGUCAGGGUUCGUGCCAGUCGCUGCGUGACCUCAUCGAUGCGUGCUUUCCGAAAAAGGCGGGUCUCAUUUCGACGUGGACGUUCAUGGUGGAAGACCGCAAGAGUAAAUUCAAAAACGUCCUCAUCCACUUGCUGCGAUCAGUGUUGCUUCCAGGCAGCACAAUGAAGUGUUUUCAUGCACGUCAGCAGCUGCCAUCCGCUUUAUUCGCGUUCCUUGGCAUCGAGGACGACGCAGACAAGCGUUCACUGCUGCAGGUGUAUGUGGAUAACCACCAGGGUGGUAUGAAGAAGUCUGCAAGCCACACUGGUCUGUCAUCGCUGAAGCAGCCUAGCUUGAACGUGAAGACAAUGAGUUCAAUGAAAAAGUCGGCCACAAUGUCGAACCUGACUCAGAUGGAGCAGGAGGCGGAAGAGAAGGAUACCAUUGUCACGGUGGAGAAUACGCAGUGUAUGAUCUGCCUCGAGGAUGUGGAGGACCACGUGCAUGUCACUGGUCCACAGGGUUUGGUGACACUUCCGUGCAAACACUCGUUCCACCGCGAGUGUAUUUUUGAGUGGCUGUUGUUCCAAUAUCACUGCCCCAUGUGUCGUGCACAGGUUGGACCACACGCCAUGACAAACUAUGCGUGCCCAAAGAAUAAAGAGCAGUGGUGGCUUGGUAACUUUGAGGAGAGCUUAAUUGAACCUAAUUCGGAGUACGGCAUCUUGUAA